GAAAAAAUGGUAGAUGACUCCUUUCAGUAUAGUGCCAUCGCUGAGUAUCCAGAGCAUGCCUGGCUUCAGAGCCCUGGGCAGUGCUGCAACAUGGUAUUCAUCCCAAUCCUGCAGAGGCCUUUUAGGGCCCCUAAUUUUUUAUUUCCAUUGCGGUUUACAAUUAAAUGGUGAAUAAAGACAAACGUGGCAGGAUUUGCUGCAGGCUUGCCUGGUGCCUGGUACCAGCACUCAUGUUCUGGGCUUAACAUAGGUGCAGCUACCACACACCACAGGCCCUUUUGUUUCCUUAAUACAAGUUGGAAUUGCAAAUGUAUGGGUUUCCUUGAAUCUGAAAAGAGAAAUAUGGUUUUCUGGUUUUAAUUCUAUCCACAUCUGGAUGCUGAGCAGGAGAGCCCCAGUAAUCCUUGGGAAGGCUGGAGACCUCCCUACAGAAAUGGCUUCCCAGACUGCAGCCAGGGACAGAUGGUAGAGCUGGAGAUUUUGAAUCAGGGUAGACAUGUCUGAGCUGGGGCUGCUGGUGGGACAAGAGUUCUGACUGGAGGGUUUUUGGUGGGGGUGGAGGUGCUGGUGGUCCCAAAUUAUGAUCUUGUUCAUGGUGCUUGCCCUGGAAAAUAUAAUGCCUGCAGAGGCUACUUGUGUUCUUUUCCUCUUCUCUGGCAGGAAGGUUCCAGCAGUUGCUGUUGUGCGAUGAUCCGGGAAGUGGUGAUGUUCAGCCUUACAUAACCUGAGCCUUCCCACUGCUAUAGUAGAGGAGUGUAAAGAGGCCUUUGGAGGUUUUCCCCACCAGCAGUGGUGGAGGGUACAAAGGUCCUCAGGCCUUAAUCCCACAGUCUGUCAUGUGAUGCUCUUGCCUCGGACCUGGGAGGAAACUGGACUUGGUGGAAAGCAGAGUGCUGCAGGGUGGGCUUCACUGUGACCCACUGAAUUCCUACAUGACUCCCUUACUGAGCUCCAUGUGUAGCAAUGGAGGACGACAGCCCGCAUGAGCUUGUGGCCUGGAGCCCAGUGCUGGAUGGAUGCCCACAUGUUGGCCCCAUGGACAUGGCUAGCGAUUUUGGUCGUGACACUGCCCCUGGGGCCUGUGUUUUUACCUCUGGUGAUCUAGAAGAAAGCAGUGACGGUAGCAGUGGGGACUUGGAGGAUGACACAGACAGUGAGCUCGGAGAUGGUACAGACCAAGAAGAUGGGGCAGGACCUGAUCAGGAAGACCUGGAGGACAGAACUGGCUCUGAAGAUUCUGAAGAUGACACAGAGGCACUGGUGGUGGCAGAGGACACUCAGGAGGAACCACUCAACAGUGGUAUGCUCCUUUCUGAUGAUGAUGCAGAGAGCUGCCCGAUUUGUCUCAAUGUAUUCCGUGGCCAGGCCGUGGGCACGCCAGAGGAUUGUGCCCACUACUUCUGCCUGGACUGCAUCAUCGAGUGGUCCAAGAAUGCCAAUUCCUGUCCAGUUGAUCGAACUCUAUUUAAAUGUAUUUGCAUUCGAGCUUACUUUGGUGGUAAAGUCUUGAAGAAGAUUCCAGUGGAGAACAGCAGAGCCCAAGAGGAAGAAGAGGAGGACCCAACCUUCUGUGAGGUGUGUGGCAGGAGCAACCAUGAGGACCGGCUCCUGCUCUGUGAUGGCUGUGACUCGGGGUACCACAUGGAAUGUCUGGAACCCCCUCUCCAGGAGGUGCCCGUGGAUGAGUGGUUCUGUCCAGAGUGUGCCACCCCCAGCACAGCCCCUGGCACAGACCCAGGCUCUGUGAGUGAAGAGGAGGUCUCCCUGCUCUUGGCCGACGCAGAGCCCACCACCAGCAGGCUUCGGCCUCGCGCAGGCAGAACCCGGGCUAUUGCUCGGACGCGGCAAAGUGAGAGAGUGAGAGCAACCGUGAACCGCAACCGCAUCUCCACAGCCAGGAGGGCCGAGCACGUACCAAGGCACCUCCUGUCUUCUCUCCUGGAUGAGACUAUUGAGGCAGUAGCAACUGGCCUGAGCACUGCCAUUUAUCAGCGCCCUCUCACACCUCGAGCUCCAGCCAAACGGAAGAGGAAGACAGGAAAACGGAAGAAAGCUCUAGGAAGAAAGAAAACCCAGUCCAGAUCAUCUGCAAGAAGGAAGGGCUCGGGGCCAAGACCUAAGAAACGCCGCCUGAGGAGGAGGAAGGGGGAGCAGAGGAAGAACGAAAUCACUGCUCGUUCUCGAAUUGCACGGACUCUAGGGCUCUGCAGGCCGGCCCACGGAACCUGUAUCCCAUCGGUGUACAAGGCAGUGGACCCCUCAUUGGGGCUGAUGCGAGCAGAAAUUGGAGCAGCCUCUCUGUCUGUGUUUGGAGACCCCUACGAGCUGGACUCCUUUGAUAGCAGUGAAGAACUUUCUGCAAACCCUCCUUCCCCUCUGACUGCCAAGAGGAGGGCUCUGUCCCGGUCAGCCCUACAGUCUCACCAGCCUGUGGCCAGGCCUGUUUCCGUGGGGCUCUCCAGGAGGGGUCUUCCUGCUUCGGUGCCAGAGCCAGAUGUAGAGGAGGCCCCUGUGCCUGACCUGCUGGGGAGUAUCCUGUCAGGCCAGGACCUCUUGAUGAUGAGCGGUGCUGACAUCACCAUCCACCGAGAUGGCUCCCUCAGUGCCAAGAGGACAGCUCCAGUUUCUUUUCGGCAAAACUCAGUUGGUCCCUCUAAAGGGGAAGAAGGGUCCAGGGACAGCCUGCAGCCUGGAGCGCUGCCCUCAGGGAGCCCAGCUGACCGCUUUUUGGGGAACAGGCCGCAGAGCUCAGGGUUGAGCUGUCAGGGCAGGUUGGCCCCAGCCUGCGCCCCUUCCCGCACAUCAGGGGCACCUGUGAGGCUGAACUCGUCAGUGACCCCUGGGACAGGUCAAGCUCGGAACUUGUCUGAUGGGAGUGGGCCUGGCUCAAGACAGAGGGCCGGCCCCAGCUUCAGUGGCUCUCUCAAGCACACUUUGCCUCUCGGUUCCACCUCAUCUAAGACUCCCAGUAGUUAUUCUAACUGUCCGUCUAAAAGCACGGUCCUGGGACAUGCCCUAAAACCAGCCCCCAGGAGAGCUGAUGUCUCCAUGCUACCCCGGAUACCAAAGAUCAGAAGAAAUGACAGUGGCAGUAGGCAGGAUGCAGUCCCUGCUCGUGGGCAGAGCAUUGAGAUCCCUAGUGCCUGCAUCAGCCGACUGACAGGCAGGGAAGGCCCUGGGCAGCCAGGGCGAGGUGCCCAGGCAGAGAGCGAGCCCAGCAACAGGGCUCCCCAGGAGCCCAGUGGGCACACGGGUAGUACCCGACCCCCAGCCCCCAGCGCCCAUGGCAGUCUCUCCCCACUGGGGCCCUCAAGAGGGAAGGGUGUUGGGUCGACCUUUGAGAGCUUCAGGAUCAAUAUUCCUGGGAACACAGCACAUUCCAGCAGACCUUCCAACCCUGGCUUCUGUAACACGUUCAGGCCUGUGGACAGCAAGGUACAGAGAAAGGAGAAUCCUUCACCCCUUUUCUCCAUCAAAAAGACAAAGCAGCUCAAAAGCGAGAUCUAUGACCCAUUUGACCCUACCGGCUCUGAUUCCAGUCCCCCAAGCAGCAGCCCUGAAAGUCUUGGUUCCAGCCUCCUGCCAUCCGAGAUCACACGGACCAUCUCCAUCGACAGCCCCAAGGCCCCGGCGCUGCAGACUGUGCGCUGUGUCACCUCCUACACAGUGGAGAACAUCUUUGACAUGGAGCCUGUACCCUCCUGCAGGCCUCCCUCCAGCGUGCUCAAGCUCCAGGGUGUGGGGGCUGCUAAGGUGUCCCCUGGCGUGGAGCAGGAGGGACUGGACGAGGAGGAGCCUGCAGAGAGCCAGGGCACUGCCGCCCAGGUACAGAGGCUGUCACCCUCAGAGCCUUGGGAUGAGGAUGAUGGGGCAUCUCACGGCACCUUCUUUAGCUCUGAGGAGCGGACAGUGACCUGUGUGACUAUUAUAGAGCCAGACGCCCCACCCAGCCCGGAUGUACCACACGCAGCCACCCACAGGGUUGUAGAGCUGCGCACCCCUUCCCGGUCCCGCUCCACGUCCAGUUCCCGCAGCAGGAAGAAGGCCAAGAGGAAGAAGGCGGCCAGAGAGCAUCGGAGAACACGUUCUGGGACCCGUUCUGGCUCCAGGGACCGGAGCUCAAGGUCAGCAUCACCGUCAGUAGGUGAAGACCACACCAAGAGGCACCGGUCUAAGGCCAAGAGCCGGAGGUCUUCCAGCGACUGCUCCAGCAGCCAUGAGAGAGCUAAGAAGAAGAAGGCCAAGGACAGGAACGAGGAGCGGCGGCGAGGGCCUUGGGGCCACGGCCGCAGGCCUCCACGGUCCCGCUCAGUGAGCCCCGGGAGCUCCUCCUAUGAGCAUUAUGACAGCAGGAAGAAGAAGAAACGGAGGUCAGGGUCCCGAUCCCGAGGGAGAGAGUGCUCCCCCACCAGCAGCCUGGACAGGGCCCACAGGCACAGGCAUCAGCGUGACAGGAGCCGUGAACGGGUGGACAAGAAGGGGGGUGUGGCCCGGCUCCGAGAGAGGAGGCGGAGGUCAUCAUCACCCAGCUCCGAGCAUAGGGCACGGGAGCCCCGGCAGCCACGUUCCCGUGAGAAGCGGCCCCGGACCUGGUCCCGUUCCCCAGAGCGGAAGGGGGCUGUGAGGGGAGCUUCCCCAGCCCCCCAUCCACAGGGAGAGCCCAGGCGAGACGGAGACCACAGGCUGCCAGCCCUGGCAGAAGCAGGUGUCUCUCCAGAACUGGCUGUGGCUGUGACCCACAGUCCACCUCCAGAGGUCCCCUCUGCCCUGGAGGUGCCCCCUGAGUGUGUGCCCAAUGACGACGACCUGGAUUAUGGUGACUCUGUAGAGGCAGAGCACAUCUUUGAGGCUUUUGCAGGUGACACCGUCUUCAUCCAACUUGAAGACAUGAGCUCCCCGCCUUCUCCUGAAAGCUCAGAUUCCUCCCCAGAGCGAGGCUUUCUGCCAAACCCUGGGUUGCCACCAGCCAGCCUGGCCAUGGCUGCCAUCCAGAGGGAGGUGUCACUGAUCCAUGGUGAAGACACUGCCCAGCCCCCGCCCCAGGCAGAGGGCCCCCAAGACCAGCACUUGCUCAGGCAGGGUGUGCUUGAGGCCUCCAUGGUACCAACUGCCCUGGGCAUAGUGCCCAUGGGAAAGGAGGCUGGCCCCUCAGGCAGUGGGCAGGUGCAGGAGGCGGCCAGGCCUGAGGAGGUGGCCCCACAGCCCCCUUUGCUGCGCUCCCGAGCACCCGUGAAGAGAGUCACCUGGAACCUCCAGGAGUCAGAGGGCGGGACCCCAGCAGAGGACAGGGCCCUUCGGACACCACUUCACAGGCCGCAGAAGCCCUGGGAAGGAGUCUGGGAGGUGGAGGACACAGCUCCUGGGGGAGUCAGGCUGGUCACCGUCUCUGAGCUGCCUCUUCCCAGUCACGUGCUUCCAGAGCCUGGGUUCCAGGACUCGAAUCCUGCUCAGGUCUGCAGCCCUGACUUGCCUCCUGCUACAGCUCAGCAGCCCUCAAGCAUCCAACCCUGUGCACUUGCUGGCCAGCCCGCUGUCCAGUUUGCUCUGCAGGGGCAAACCCCAGUAGGCUGCGGGCCAACACAGAGCCUGGCUGCUGUGCUCCCUGUUGUGACCUCAGCCUUGGAGCCAGCCAGCCAGGCCCCUGUAGCCAACGACUCAGAGGAGCAGACCCCCACUCCCAGACCAGCCACAGAGAAGACUAAGAAGGAGGAGUACAUGAAGAAGCUGUAUGUGCAGGAGCGGGCAGUGGAGGAGGUGAAGCUGGCCAUCAAGCCCUUUUACCAGAAAAGGGAGGUGACCAAGGAGGAAUACAAGGACAUCCUACGCAAGGCCGUGCAGAAGAUCUGCCACAGCAAGAGUGGUGAGAUCAACCCCGUGAAGGUGGCCAACCUGGUGAAGGCCUACGUGGACAAGUACCGGCACAUGCGAAGACAUAAGAAGGCGGAGCCUGGAGAGGAACCGCCCACUCAGGGGGCGGAGGCCUGAGGCUGGUGGCAUCUCACAGCAUACCGUCUCUCCUGCCUAGGGUUCCUGUGAUGACCCGGUGUGUGCACCUGUCUUGCUCAGUUUAAACUGGACUUUUUGUAUGUGUAUAUAGGCAGUUUCCAUUGUGUUCUAAUUUAUCAAAAAUGCAUUAUCUUUAGAAACUUC